GUAAGUCAGACUGCACAGAAGACGGCUCGUUUUGAUUUAAAAAAAAACUGGGUUGUAGGUUGUAGGUUGGAAAGAGGUAUGGUUUGCUGUGUUAGAACUCACUUCACUUGUGAGUUAUUGAUCCCGGAAGUUAUCUGUGAAUAUGUUUCUAACUUUACCGCAGUUACGGUACUGCAGGUUGCUGUGUCUUUAAAAACAAUUCCAAAGUCCAACUAAAGUGUGGAGAGUUCCAAAAUGGAGCCGAGGGAGGCUGUGAAUGCGUUGGCUCAGAAUAAAGUGGCCCUGCUGGUCGGCGGAGCUGCCGUCGUCGUGGCGGCUUUGGGUCUCCGAUAUAAAUACUCACAGAAGCCGGAGAAGCGUAUGCGUGUGGGCGUCGUGUCGCAGCUCCUCGUUCACCCGCUCAAGUCCGGCAAGGCGGUGUCGGUGCCGCUCGCCGAGUGCCUCAAAUUGGGCCUCAAGUGCGGACAGAUGCGGGACCGACACUGGCUGGUGGUGACGGAGGACGGUCACAUGGUGACGGGCCGCCAGCAACCUCGUCUGGUUCUGGUGUCCUUGACCUGCGAGGGAGACCAGGUCUGCCUGAACGGCCCCAACAUGGCGGAGUUGCGUUUCCCUGUCAAGCAGCCUGACAACCCCAUUGUGGACUGCAGAGUGUUUGGGGCUUUCAUUCAGGGUCGGGACUGCGGUGACGAAGCGUCUCGUUGGUUGGUUGGUUGCCUGGAAGCAGGGAAGACCUUUCGCUUGGUGCACUUUGAAGCCCAUAUGCAGGCCAGGAGGGCGGUGGAGAUAGAACCUCUCUUCUCUCAAGAUGAGGAGGUGGUGUACUCCGAUACCGGGCCUGUGAUGCUGCUCUCCGAGCCCUCCGUCAAAGACCUGAGCAAAAAGUUGGACAAGGACGUCACCGUGGAGCGUUUCCGUCCAAACAUCGUCAUCAGCGACUGUGAGGCGUUUGCUGAAGAUUCAUGGGAAGAGAUCCAGAUUGGCAGCGUACGACUGCAGCGUGUAAUGUCAUGCGGGAGGUGUAUUUUCACCACAGUUGACCCACAAACUGGCAUCAUCACCAGGAAAGAACCGUUGGAAACACUGAAAAGCUACCGGCUGUGCAACCCAGACGAGAAGCACAUCUACAAGUCGGCGCCGCUGUUUGGACAGCUGCUCAGCGUGGACAAGACGGGCGUCCUGCAGGUCGGCGACGAGGUGUACAAGAUCAGCCGCUGAAGGGGGCACAUAUCUUCUGCAUAAUUGAAAGCACAUCCAAUAAUGUUGAAGCAAAGGAAGCAAGAAGGUGUUAAAAUAGGAGAAAAAGAUGUCAUUGAAGCUUUUAGCUUGUUGCUGUGUAUUAGAAAUAAUAGGUAUUUUUGAUUAAUAACACAUUGAAUAUAAUAUUGUGUGUCCAUAGUACAGUAGUACAGUACAGUAGUACAGUAGUACCCCGCAUAACGCAAAGCUGCUUUUACGUAAAUUCCACUGAACGUAAAGAAUUUAUGUAAACUUUUUGCAUCGUAUUACGUAAGAAAUUCCAUAUAACGUAAAGCGACUUUUUUUUCAAUCAACUUUAUUAGUGUUGUACAGUGCAUCAAACCAUGGGUAUUGCACGUACGUACGUAACCACAAACUGCCCAAACUUGAAACACCAUAACCAAAGGACAAGCUCAUUUCAUCAGGGGCGUUCAAAGUCCAGACAAAAAAAAAGGCUUAAUUUCACGAAAAAUGUCCAAAUGUUGCACAUCCAUCCAUCCAUCUUCUUUCACUCAUCCGAGGUCAGGUCGCGGAGGCAGCAGCCUAAGCAGGGAAGCCCAGACUUCCCUCUCCCCGGCUACUUCAUCCAGUUCCUCUCGGCGGAUCCCGAGGCGUUCCCAGACCAGUUGGGAGACAUAGUCUCUCCAAUGUGUCCUGGGUCUUCCCCGAGGCCUCUUACCAGUCGGACGUGCCCUGAACACAUCCCCAGGGAGGCGUCCGGGAGGCAUCCUGACCAGAUGCCCAAGCCAACUCAUCUGGCUCCUCUCAAUGCGGACGAGCAGCAGUUCCACUCCAAAUUUCUCCCGGAUCACAGUGCUUCUCACCUUACCUGUAAGACAGAGCCCAGCUACCCUGCAGAGGAAACUCAUUUCGCCCGCUUGUACCCGAGAUAUUGUCCUUUCGGUCACUACCCCAAGCUCCUGACCAUGGGUGUAGCUAUUCCACUAAUACUGGUAUUUCAUUUGAUAACAGUAAGCUGUUUCUUUAAAUAUUCAAUAAACAAAAUAGAUUAAGUGGUCCCCACAGUUUGUCGCCCUCCUUUGAAACAGAUUUCAACUGCGUUUGAAAAGCAGCUCUACAUUUUUUUUUUGUUGAUGUUGGAUUGAAAUUUGACUCCAAAAUGUUCUGAAAUGUUGCACCUUUGCAGUGUUUGGCCGCUGCAUGAGCAUUGACUGGUUUAAUUGUCCUUCAUCACUUCCUCACGGAGCGUAAGUUGUGCUGUGCUGCUACAUUUCUCACCUGGUUGAGAAAGGUCUGAUGUUAGUGCAAAAAAAUAAAAAAGUUUCAUGUUAAAGACAAUAAAAUUAGCCAAAAAAUUAAAAAUUACUCGAUGCCCGAGCCACCUCAACUGGCUCCUCUCUAUGCAAAGGAGCUCUACUCUGAGCCCCUCCCGGAUGACCGAGCUCCUCACCCUAUCUCUUAGGGUGAGUCCAGCCAGAAUUUGAACAUACACUUGCACAUACAGUAUAGAUGCUUUAUAUUUCCUUAAGGUGCUAAGGAGUGCAGGAUGAUUGGUAUUUUUCCUGACUAGACUGUGUUGCUCUAGGGUUUGUUUUAAGGCCCAAAAAAAACCUUUCAACAAACAAAUACCGAAAAAGAAGACACCCGUAUGUUAAUAUCACCAAAGCUAUUUACUACCCUGUGCACAAUGAUUAGUGAGUAUUUUCAGUAUUUUUAUGCAUACCGUAAAUGCUCUAAUUCUAGCCAAGGCAUUUUUCUUCAACCACAAAGAGAACGGGGUGUUAAUUAAAGCAGGCCAUGGUUGGAGAGAGGUUGUUAUUUCCUAAAUGUGAAAACCCUUUAUAUAGCACAAGUGUUUUUUUUACUUUAUAAUGAUUUGGAGUGCAUGAGAAAAUGGAAAGGAAAACAGAUAGGAAAAGGCUUUGACCUGAUUUAUUAACAAGUAUGCAGUAGACGUCCGCUUUUCACUGGUUACGUUCCAAGAUGUGCCGCCAAUGGCGAAAACCCACGACUAAUUGAUACGCUCAUAAAAAUGUCUAUUUCUGCUCGCUCUCUCGUCCUCUCCAAACCCUCCUGCUCGCUUGAUGUUGACGUUCUUCACCGGACUCUCCCCUUCCCUCUUCAAUAUGCCUUAUGAAACACAUUUCAAGUAUGAAACGUAUAGGUACUCACAACUAAUGAAUGUUAAUGUAAGAUGAAUUGCAGUCACAGAGUAGACGUUAUAUUUACGUUUCACUUUUUGCACCUCGCAGCAACUAUGGUUGAAUUCACCGAAAACAGAGGGAUGGUGGGGCCGUGUCUGCCGAAUGUGCAAGGAUUGGCGGUAAUGCACAACGUAGCAGCAACAGAACCAAUGUUGUAAUAGCGGCAGGGUGGAGGGGUGUCACGCUCAGCAGUGACAGUAGCUAGUUGCUGCAGGGGAGCAGCUUGGUGGUUUCUCUGCUUGUUUUGUUUCGCCUUCCCUUCUCAUUUGUCCUUCUCUUUUUCAGGUUACAUGAAGUUGUCCGACAUCCCCAUCAGCAGUGUAGCACAUCAACAGUCACUUGUGCCAAAAUAUCCGAACUGUCCCUUUAAUUGGAGCAUUUAUGGUGCAUCACAACAAGCAAAAUGUAUUGAAAAGAUAGUUUUGGUUCAACAAGCAGCAUGUUUUAGGUCUUUGUGACAUCGCCCACUACUGGCCUGGCAUGAAUAUCACAGUGCUUUUGCUUUGGAUGGGCAUUAUUUUCCUUUUCAUCUGUGCAUCGUCAUGUGCACGUACACAGAAAUAGUAAACGUGAAGACUGACAGCUCAACACAAAUGAGCUCAACCACAAACCCCCGUGAUGAUUUUGUUCCCGGGUCAAGAGACGCCUUGCUCGCUCGCUCUGAAAUUACAGACAAACGCUUCCACUAAUGCUGUUUGGGACGCUUUUACAAGACGGGGCCGUGUUACGAGGUUUGCUGGCAGCUUCCGUUUGCUUGAAAAUAAACAGAUGAGGCGGUCUUACUUGGACUUUAAAAAUAUCGUUCAACAAAAAGAGUCGUUACACUAGUAGAUGCACGCAACUGCUUGUUUUGCAGGAAUAGAAGGAACAGUUUUACAUUUUGGGAUGUUGAGCCGUGCAAAAAUGCCACUGUGAUGUGUGCUACAAAUGAAGCUGUUUCCGCCAUCUGUGCAAAACUAAGCUUCAUUAUGAAACAUACAAAUCGUCACUGUCCAAUAGGGCAAACGGUGCAAUGGUACAGGUAACCCACAGUAUGGUCUGUACGUCGUUUAUUGGCCCAGAAUUUCGGUUCUGUUUUGGUGCGUAAAGAAAACAACUAGAAGGGUGUAUUGUCCCGUGCAGGACGACACGAAGGGUCCGGUAUUGUAACGUGUACCGUUGCGUCCCUCCUGUCCACAAUGAAACUCAUGAAUGGAGUGGAUGGAGAUGGAUGAAGAUACAGUAGACCCCCGCUUUUCGGGUAACACCCUGGGACCACCAGCGAAUGGUGAAAGACUGCAAGUCAUUGAUAUGGCCAUGAAAAGGUCUCUUUUUUGACCCCCCAAACCCUCCUGCUCGCUUGACAUUGACAUUCUGCUCCAAUUUCAGAUCAACAUUUGCAAAAAAAGUGACGUUGUAGUUAUUAGAUUAAAUUCAGCUCCAGAACCCUCCCCUGCUCUCUUUAAUUGCCAUUGUUCACUCAGGACACAAUCCAGGUUUAAUUGGCCGCGAUCGGCCAAUACCGA